CUCCCACCUGCAAUCAGCCAGUGUUUGUAGCAAUGAAACGCAAGAGGUGUUGGGUCAUCCUGCGGACAUUCUUUGCUGACCGAAACCAGCCGGUGAAAAAACUAAGCCGUUGUCAACACCAUAUGCUUAUCACUUAGACGCUCACCGCGCGCAGACCUUUCAGAGGGCCGCUGUAGACAAUGAAUGAUUGACUGGCCGUCCUCGAGUGACCGGAAGCAAGUCUACCUCAUGCUCCUCCCUCCAUUGACCACACUCAGGAUGUCGCAAAGUGGAUCCCCGAACGCGCAGUUACAGCGCGGAAGGGAUCAAGCGCGCCCAAGACUGGUGUUUCCAUGAUGUGAUUCAGCCACAAGAGUGGGGUCAGGUGUGCAGAUGGUGCCGUGCUGGAUGUGUAGAUAUAUGUAUCAGUAGGUCCCACCCAUGUCCACCCAUACCUCCUGCCUACCGCGCUCUCAGAUAUGGCUGCGGCUCCACGUCGGUCCCACCAUCAUCGUUCUGAACUUCCCCAUCCGCACUGGUCGUCUCCGUCGCCCCCCUACUCCACUCCUCCAACGGCAAUAGCACCAUCCCACCUGCUUCCACACUACGCUCACUCGACCGCCGGCCCCGAAGUGCAUUCGUACGGGGCGCACGCACCAGUGCGGUUCGCGACCCAGGGUGAAAGGCCCUCACGUCACCGCGCAUCUGCAAUGCCGACUUCGAACGAGUCGGUCUCGAGUAGAAGACCCAGUCUGCACUUCCGCGCAGACGAUGAGUCCGAGAUGGAGGCCCUGCGGGGGAAGCUGGCGGGUACCAGUAUCGCAUCCUCCCAGUCCCUUCCGCCCUGGAACACGCCGAUGCGGCAACGGCGUGUCGACGAUUGGAUGCAAGAUAAGCAUGGGAGAAGAGACACCCAUGAGGGACGAGAUCCGCGCUGGUCUGGAGCGCACAGGGAGCAUCACGGAGCGAGAUUAGAUCCCACCCGCGGCCGCCAGCCGGCGAGCAAUGAUUCCUUUGCUGUACCAGCACCAUCUCAUGUGAAUGAUGGCCACCAUCGCUAUCAGCAGCAUCCCCAGCAGCAGCAGCCACAUCGCCCGCGCGAGCAUCACCAGCUGAUGGCAUCGCAAGCACCGCCCGUUGUGCUACAUUCUCACAGUCACGGCCGGCACGAACACCAGCCUCAGACGCAUGCGCGCACGGACGAGGAGCGUCGCGGGCGCUCGCGCUCUCGUGCGCGCUCUCACAGUCGACUGCGUGCUCGGUCGCCUGCGCACUCCGUCCGCGCAGGUGGUCGUGCGCACUCUCAUGGGCGCUCCCUGUCCAAGCCGCGCGAGCAUCGGGAUCGACAUCGUGAUCGUGGUGCAGAGCAGCACCGAGUGACCGCAUCGUCUUCUAAUACGGUAUAUCACACUGCUGGACCACCGCAUGGGAACCAUGCGCAUCAGCUACCCAAUCUUGUGCCGAGUCAUUCCAGAUCCCUCGGCCAGUCCAUGUCCACGGGCGGGAAACGCAAGCAUCAUUGAUAUUUCUUGAAUGAAACUGUAUUGUAUCUGUUCGCUAUCUGCUGUAUUUCAAUGUAACAUCUAUCAUCUGGAUGCUGACACUGCGCUUGAAGUCGGAGACAUGUAGAGGUGUAGUCACGUCCGACGAGAUCUCCAUUCGUGAUGUAUGUACGACCGAAAGACACGCCCCGAAUGUGAAAGACAAGAUGUUUUUCCGGAACAAACGCCUGUUUCCCUGUGACGC